CGGAGUAAUCGAAGCUAAGAGUAGGGGGUGUUCCGGCUCAUGCUUGGUCACAUUUAAACCAUGUGACCGGAAGUGGUGUGCGACCCGAAUGGGGUGACUUCCGCCUUUUUUUCACUUGAUUCCUCUUGUCGGUGGGGAAUUGAGGCAGCGACUGUCCAGAUGAUCCAUUGACAAGAUCACGGAUGACACGUCUGUACGUGAGUGUCAGCAACUUCACUGUUCUUUCCGAGGAUGAGCAAGUUGUAUGGCUUGCAGAACACUGAUUUGGAGCAGAGUCUUCCCGCCAUUGCUUCCUCACUUUCACACACCCAGGUGUUUUCUCCACAUUACUACUUUUCUCCUGAGAGAAGGAGGACUAUUUCUGAUGUGCGGCGAACCUUCUGCCUCUUUGUGACCUUCGACCUUCUCUUCAUCUCACUCCUCUGGAUAAUUGAACUGAAUACUAUCAAAAGUAUCCAAGUCAAUUUAAAGGAAGAAGUCAUCCAUUACAACUUUAAAACAUCCUUUUUUGACAUAUUUCUCUUGGCAUUUUUCCGGUUCUCGGUGCUACUUCUUGGAUAUGCUGUUUUUAGACUCCGUCAUUGGUGGGUUAUAGCGAUCACUACAUUGGUGUCCAGUACCUUCCUGAUAGUGAAAGUUAUCUUCUCAGAUCUGUUGAACAAAGGGGCAUUUGGCUACCUUCUGCCCAUCGUUUCCUUUGUCCUUGCCUGGCUAGAAACAUGGUUUUUGGAUUUCAAAGUCUUGCCACAAGAGACAGAAGAAGAACAAUGGUACUUGGCAGCUCAGGCUGCUGUGGCUCGAGGACCACUCCUUUAUUCAGGGGCACUUUCAGAUGGCCAGUUCUACUCCCCUCCAGAAUCUGUUGCAGGAUCAGAUGAGUCAGAUGAAGAACUUAUGGGAAAAAGAGCAGUAAGUGAUGAGGAGGGAGAGUAUGUCCGGCAAGGCAAAGAAGCAAUGGAGGUGGUGGACCAGAUCUUAGCCCAAGAGGAACACUGGACAUUUGAGAAAUGCACGGAGUUUGGUGACACGGUUCAUUGUCUCGAGAUGCCGUUCUAUGGCAAGAUUUUCAUCCUAAAGGCUGUUCUACAAUGUCCGGCUGAGAUAGUGUACCAGGAGCUGAUUCUCCAGCCAGAGAAGAUAGUCCUGUGGAAUAAAACUUUGCUAGCAUGCCAGAUCUUGCAACGGAUUGAUGAUAACACAUCUGUAUCCUAUGAUGUGGCAGCUGGUGCCGCAGGUGGUGUCGUUUCUCCUAGAGAUUUUGUAAACGUGCGUCGGAUUGAGAGAAGAAGAGACCGGUACAUUUCAUCAGGGAUGGCAACAGUUCACAGCUUGCGUCCUCCUACUUCCAAAUAUGUCAGAGCGGAGAAUGGCCCAGGAGGUUUUGUUGCCCUGAAAUGUCCCACCAAUCCAAACCUCUGUACCUUACUCUGGAUACUGAAUACGGACCUCAAGGGUCGGCUUCCCCGAUAUCUAAUUAACCAAAGCUUGGGUGCCACCAUGACAGAAUUUGUGUUCCACCUGCGCAAACGAAUUACAGAGGUCACAUCAAGAUCUAAUUCUUAAAACUUGGUUUAAUAUUGCCUUUUGAAUGUUCUGUGAACCUAUCAAGGCCCAAAGAAGUGGAGACCUCUUCCUACUAGUUGGAAAAAAGUAUAUCAUUUAGCUGACCUUCAAGAUAAGGGUGAAAAAUGAACCUGUGGUGGUGUCUUCAGGAUGUCAGUGAAUGGACUCAGGAAGAUGAUCAUGUGGGAAGAGGAAAAAUAAGAUGGCUGAUGGUUCAGAUCAGAACAUGUUGAAGAGAAAGAUUGGGACAGCAUCUUCAAAUCUCUUGCUGAUGAUCAAAGCUAACACUGCAAUUAUAAGUUGAGCCAUAAGAUGUGCCAAAUUCAUACUUGCAAAAUCCAGUUGCUUAAUCCAUCACCUUCUAUCUGUCCCUCUUUUCUCCCUUGGCACAGUCAUACUAUUUCUGAGUAUUGUAAACUCAUAAACCCACCCAAGUGUUUUCCAUAUCAGGGUUGAAGAUAAUCCUAUAUAUGCAGUGACGUGGUUGGAGUGCAGCAGGAUAAAUCAGAUAGUUUUCACUACUGUAUCAACUCUGGAUCCUCCACUUUCCUAAAGAACGAUCUACCCCUGCAUGACAGAGGACUGAAUUGCCCAAAGGUUUGGCCAUAAUUCGACUAUUAUGUCCUUGAAGAGGUGAUGGUUACAGGAAAUGAAAUUCCUACUGUCUCUGUUGAAUACAUGAAUUACAGUUUUGCUUCAAGCUGGUAUCUGUCCUUCUGGACUGCUGUUCUAGUUCUAUCAUGCUUUCUUUUUAGUUUCUUCUUCCUGAGAAUGUGAAGAAGGCCCCAUCUCUGUAGAACUGAACCUUCUACAGUGGCUGACAUUUCAUAGUUUUGGUUAUCAUCUUGCAUUCUGUUGUGAAUAGCUGGAGAACUUGCUAAUCAAGUCCAAGAUUCAUAUUCUAUAUAUUCCUAAAUGACUUCUUAAUCCAGAGAAGUAGAUUCCAAACCUUUUCUGCAAGGAUGUACAUUGAGUGCAAGAGAAGCUUACUUGAAAAUAUCUUGUCAUCUGCUGGCAGAGACGGGCAUUGCUUCUUCUCCUUGCCCAUGCAACAUCAUGAGGCAUGUGCUGGAUUUGUCAUAAUAGGGGAUGGAGCUUCUUGGGGCAAAGACAAGGACUAUGGCCAGAGUGUGGGGAUUGUGCACCCUUAAGGUACAUGGUUGGGUUCCAUCUUCUCCCCCCAAAAUUCAUUUCUAUGGGAGAAGCUUCCUUAAUAAAUGCAUGUCCCGAGAAGGCUUCAGGAUAUGAAUUGGACUAGCAGUUCUCUCUGUCUUAUAUCUUGCCUAUCCACUGAAGUGAAACCUUACUGUCCUCCAUCUCUGGGGAUGAGGAAAGUCAAACAAGAAGCUGCUUCAAAAUACUUACCCUGAUUUUUUUAAUAACUUGCACCACCAUGAGAUAUAUGCAGGAGUUCUAAGGAUUAGUAAUUAAUCUUAUUAAAAUGCCUUCAGUUAUUUGUAGGCAUUCUGGACAUCCUUGGGAAGUAGAUGUACUCUUUUGUAAAUCUAACACAGAGAACUAUUUUCUUUGCCUUUACACUUCAUUUAAAGAGCCACCUGAAUAAAAAAACAUGCCAUUUGCUUCAAAUAUUUGUGACUUAAUCAAAUAAAGUACAGUGAUAAAAGCU